AUGGCAGUGAAGAAGGCAGGAAAAGAACUGAACAUGAAUGAACCAACUGGCAGAAGGAAUGACACCUCACUGCAAGGCACAGUGACUACUGCCACAGCUGCAAGAGAAGUAGGAGAAGGAGAAGAAGAAGGUGUGACAAUGAGAGCAGUGCUCCCGCGGCUCAUUGACACUGUCACUUCUGUCUUCAACCUGGCUUUCUUGAUAGCCACAGAGGCCGCAGCUGCACCAUGA